UCUCAUCGCUCGCUGCUAAUCGCACUGCCGUUUAGUCUGCGCAAUAUAAGAAUUUAACAACUGCGACUUCAUCAUCUGCAGGAUAACUAUACAACUGAACAUGAGGACUCUUUUGUACGUCGCUUUGGAUAAAAGCGUCUGCCAAAUGAAUGUAAUGACUCGUGGAAGUAACCUAGAUGAAAUCAGCCAUGUUUACAGAAAUCGGAGAGGGUCGUCCAACACAUCCGAGGAAGCAUUUGGAAUCAGUCUCCUGAUACUUUCAGCACUUGGAAGACCAACCUCAUCCACCCAACAAAAGCCAGACCUAUACUCCCUCUUGAUAAGUCUAAAAAGAAUAAUAGUUUGGUUGCUCGCGUGUUGGCUAUGAGGCUCAGCGAUUGAUCGUGUGGAUUUAGGCUAACGGUUUUUGGGACUAUAACAACUGUAAACGGAGGAUCUCUCUGAUAUAUUUGAUUGCUCAAAUAACUACACGAAACGUAGGCUACAUGUUCUCUUGCAACGUCAGAACAAGUAUAAGAUGGUUAAGUGCGUCAAGGCUUUUACAUAGUUUAUAAGUACAGGGCACAUAAACUGUGCGGACCGACAGUCCGCGGUCGUUUGCUCUUCAUCGUCCACUCGUACCACCGCAUAUCCAAGCCCUACAUUUCCCACAAUCUUUGCGCGUCGUUUUCUCUUUCUGCCGGAAGUUACAGACUCUAAACAACAUGGCAUCGUCCUUCCCCAUCGUUGUGCUUAUUUCUCUUCAUGAAUUGUUGUUCUUCUGAAAAUCUUUAUAAUCCCGUUGGGAUGAAUCACACAGGUGCCUGUACCUUCUCACCGCUUCAGCCAGUCUUUCUUCAAAUGUCGACUCCAUGUCUGUUUUGUGUACUCCGCAUUACCACGUGUUUCCGGUGCCACAUGAAAUGCAUGUCGAUGUGAAACAGUUUCAUACCGAGCCAUGAUUUGUGUGACACCGGUACGCGUACGCUAGGUACGCGCGGUGACAAAAAUUGAGCUUCGCGCCAAUGCGGACGUACGCUGAGGUCCGCUAUUUCGUCAUUUUGUCCGCGCGGACCCCAGCGGAGUCCGGUCGGUGUAUGCUACGUCUGGACCAUGAAUUGGCCUUAAGUGUGGGCUAAUAUUGUUCUCUGAGAUCGGUCCUCAGAAACGCUAAAGAAGACUGAUCUUUUCACUGAUGACAUUUGAUACGUUUAAGCCUGUUUGUUAAUAAGUAAAGCCCAAUAACGAGAAUUGCUCAUUUUCAAAGCACGCGUUCAAAUAUAAUCCAUCAGAUAGGACACACCUAGGCUAAAUGUGAAUGAAGGGAAUGCCUGCUGCCACAGGUGCAAUGUGGGGCUUCUAUGACGUCAUAACAACACAGAGGUGUCGAUAAAUUCAAUUUGUCGGCCAGGAAACGAUGGCUUUGUUACGUCAUAUCGCUGAGAUCGCUAUAAAAUGCACUUCUUUCAGAUGAUAUACAUUAUUAUGAAUACUGGAACCCCGUUUGUUCUGCGAAAUGUACUGUUUCAGUGCGUAACUGCAUUUGACUCGACCUGUUUUGAGGUGGCCAGUCAGUAGAUUUCAGAAAAAUGCCAAGGCAGAGGAGCAACAAGAAGGGCAUAUGGAAAUGCCUGUCAUGUCUGUGUUCCAUUCAGUGCAACAAUUAUGAUGAUGUGUCUUCCACAGUCGCCACUCAGGUGGACAGUACCCUCGGGGUUCCAGCUACAGACAAUUCCAACCAGGUGGACGAGACCCUCAUUCCAAUAAAGGACAGUUCCACACAGGUGGAUGAGAACCUUAUCCCCACUAAGAACAAUUCAACCCAGGUGGACACAGACCUUGUUCCCACUCGGUAUUGUUCCACCCAGGUGGAUAACGCCCUCAUUCCGACUAGGGAUAAUUUUACCCAGGUGGAUGGGACCCUCAUCUCCUUCAUGGAUACUGCCACUCAAAUGGAGGAAACUUGUUGCACGGCUAUGUGUAAAACCAUCUUAGAGCUGAGUGAGAGGAUAGAGGACCUCAUUGCAGAAAGGGAUCAACAGGUUCAGCUUGAAUGUGAGCAGAAACUCCAAGAGCAGCAGGAGGAAUUUGAUAAGGAGUUGGCUUUCCUGGCAAGAGAGAACCAGGUUCUUGCUGCAGAGAAGGAGAAGCUGCAGCUGGAGAACAAGAAAUCUGUGUCAGAGCUGAAGGAGAAGCAUGCCCAAGAAAAAGGCAAAUUAACCGAGGUCAUCAGGAUGGAGAGGCUGAAGGUGGUGUUUGAGAGGUCCCAUGCUCUGGAGAAGAUGAAGGAAAGCUAUAGACAGCAGUUGCUUGCUUUUGAAGAAAGCAGAAGGCAAGAAGUCCAGGAUGUCACUAGCAGAUAUGAGGAACGCCUACAGGAGACUCUACACCAGCUUGCAGAGGUACACAAACUGGAGGAAACUGCUAAGACCCUGAGCAUCCAGGUGGACACUCUGCAGCAGUUAACAGCCUCAGCCUGCAGCAUCUACAGACAUGACAGGUAUUUCCAUGGUAGUGAGCGUUUCAAAAUGGCUGCUGCGUUCUCGGUACAAGCACCUACCGUGGUCUCAGGAAUCCAGGAGAAUUCACAUUUACCGGGCUCUGACAGCUCAGAAGUGCGACAGGACGAGGAGUCUGCGGGUGAGAGACUCUGCAUGCGAGAUUUACCAGAUUUGGAACCAGGUGAAAUCAAGAGAAGGCUCGAAGAAACUCGCAGGGAGCUGAGCAACAGGAGGAAAAUCAUCAUUAAGCACCUGCCUCAGGAUAUUACCAGCCAGGAGGUCCGCAGCAUUUUGUGCAAGUAUGAGCUGAAGUACUGUUAUGUGGACAGGAACAAAGGAACAGCCUUUGUGACCCUGCUGAAUGGAGACCAGGCCCAGGAUGCAAUGCGGUCCCUCCAUCAGACCCCCGUCCGCGGCAGGGAGAUAACGGUGCAGCUGCAGUCCGCCGACGCGCUGCUCUGCGUCACCAACCUGCCCCACACCCUCACCGCCGCCCAGUUCCAGGAGCUGGCGCGUCUCCACGGCAACCUGGAGCGCUGUUUCCUAGUGUACAGCCACCGGACGGGCCACUCCAAGGGCUACGGUUUCGCGGAGUACAUGAAGAAGGACUCCGCCUCCCGGGCGCGCUGCGAGCUGUCGGGCCUUCGGCGCGGAGGCCGCGCCCUCGCGGCGCAGUGGGUGGACGCCAGCCGGCUGACCGCCGACCUCCUCCACUCCAGGUGCCUCCGCGUGGACGGGCUGCCCGGUGACCUCGGCGCCAGCGAGGAGCUGUCCCGGGCUUUUGGCAGCCGGCACAAGCCGAUAUUCUGCCAGUUGGCGCAGGACGAGGACAGCCACACCCGGGGCUUUGCAGUGCUGGAGUACGAGAUGGCCGAGCAGGCGGAGGCUGUACUGACGGACAUGGACAGACAGACGGUCAGGGGCCAGGAGGUCCACGUGUCCCUCUGCACCCCAGGAGCCUCUGGAAGGAGCACACUGGCGGCCCUGAUCGCUGCGCAGGGGAUGGCGUGGAGCAGUAGGAAAGGUCUGCUUCCAGAGCCCAGUCUGGCCCAGCUGCUGAGCAGCAUGAGUAACCCAGCCACCCUGCAGGUGCUGGGGAUGCCCUAUCAGAACAGUAAGUACAGAGGGAAAUUUGGCCAGCACCAGGGGGCACCAUUUCUGUGCCACCCUCUGUCCACAGCCUUCUUCCGUCUUGGCAAGUUACAGCAGAACGCCUUAUUAGGAAACGGCCUGGUUCUGCAGACUCUCCUGCGGAUGCAGCUGGCACAGCAACAGCUCCUUUGCAUAAAAGACAAACAGGUCUGUGCUACGCCCAGUCUGCUUGGUGACCCCUCCAGACUGCUGCUUCAGAAGGCUUUGGGCCUGCAGGCCCCAGCUCCCCCAGUCAUGGGCCAGGCCUUGCCUGGAGGCACCCCCAGUGAAAUGUCCCAUGAUGCAAUGCGGGUGUGUGGCCUAGGCCCAGUGGCGGCGGCGGUGGGGGCUGUGCCGUGCCCCUCAGUCAGCCAACCCCUGGUCCCACCGAGCAGUGAGCAGAGUGGGGCCUCCGUGACUGAAAUUCGCCCCACGCCACCUGGGCCAUCGCCAGUCAACCGCUUCCCCACACAGAGCCUCACGCAGGGCAUCAGCAGGCCCCUCACAUGCACCCCAAAUCUGCAGCGAGGCCUGCACAGUGCCAGGGAGAACAGCACCUGCACGGCGAGUCCGACUGGUGGACAGACAUCCUUGCUGGGGGAGCCUCCCAAGGAUUUGAAGCUUCCCUCGAACCCGUAUCUGAACAUGGCCAGCGUGCUUCCUGGUGCAGUUCUACAAGGCGCUGGCUGCGGUAAAGCACAGAGCAUGCGGCCGCGGGCCGGCGUCCACGACGCUAGCCAGUACAGCGCCGACAUCACCGCAGAGUACACCCAGCAGUACAGCCCGCAGUACUCACCGGAAGCCAUGCAGUCGUGGUACCAGCACUACCAAGCGCAGGGCUAUGCCAGGACUGCACUGGAGGGCGGGGCCAGCGAAUAUGGCAAAGAGCGUAAUCAGGCAGCAGGCGGCAUGUCCUGUGUGGAUUACGGUACCUACGCGCAGACUGCCAGUCAAUACUACUCUCAGCCACAGCUCACACCUGCUGAAGCUCACGCCUACCGCAGGGAUGCAAGCAAGGAAGGCGACUUGUUAAAGAUGGCCCAAAGUGGAGUACCUCACUCUGUCGGUAAUGGCAGCCACCCUGGCGACUCGCUGCACACGUAUGGCUGUUUACCUGCCACGCCAGCGUACGUCACGCCGCAUAACUCCGCCCCUGCUUCUGCAGUGCACCCCGAGACUGGACAGACCCCUCCAGACUGGAGCCAGUUUUUUUGUAACCAGACACGCGGACAGAAACGCGAUUACUCUCAGCUGCCAGUACCAGACUUGGUGUCGGAUCGAGCCUACGUGGGCCAGCACUCCCAGAACCAGCACCAAGACUACUCCAAAAAGAGGAGGCUGUAGAGAAAGCCAUGCCAGUCGCAAUGUUUAUUUCAGUACAGUACUUCCUGGUUACCCUCCUCCCAUAGGUGAUGAUGUUGCCUUAACUUCUCAAAUUUCCUCACACCUCAGCAUGAUUUUGCUGAUUGAUAACAUCAAUUUCUACAAUAUGAAGUACGAUUUUGUAUCUAUCAGAACUUCAGCUCUUGGUUUCAAUUUGUUUAAAAUGAAAAAAAAUUAUUGUAAAAAUGAAAAAUGUUGUCUUUCUUUUCAUUGUAUUGAAGGAGAGAAUUUACAACAUUUCCUACUUUUUCCCUUUUUCCUACACCUUUAUUUUUUACUUCUGCUUCCUGGUUUAAAACAUUAAUACCCCCAAUACUUCUUUUGGAACUUAAAUUUCACUCAUUCUGUCUACACAGGACAGUGGAGCCAAUACAGUGACAACGUAGGAAGGUGAAGCCAUUAAGUGACAUUUUUUGAGGUUGGAUGCACAAGGAACCUUGUAGGGGUUUCUCCCAAAACGAAGCCUCCAGCGACCCCAAAGACUCCCAUCUGCACUGUGGCCAAAUCUAAUAAAGUACGGCAGCAUAGUCUCCUGUGAGUCUCCUGUACCCCCUACUGUAACGGCAACCGGGCCUUUUGGCUGCGAGUGCCACCUUGCCUACACCAGCUGGAUGUGAGCUCUGGAACGCUGACUUCAGCCAAGCCCUGGUAAAAAGCACAAUUAAGUAACGGGUGGAAGAUAAUGUUUAUAUGUAAAUGGUGAUUUUUGUUGAAUGUUUUUUGAUGGUUUGUGAUUUCUUCUAUAAUUUGGCUCACGAGUUAUAAAGCUGAUGCAGUAUUCCAUCAUCGCAAUGACUCACUGCUCGAUAUUAAUAUUCCCUACAACCAGGGAGCAUCAGUCACAAAGCAACGCCGGCAGUGCGUGAUGUCUCUGCUCUGACACGACACUCAGUCUCUUGGGCCUGCGGAGAAAUGGCUGGGUGACCUUCUGUCACUAGCGUGAGAGAUCAGAGACCUAUGACAUCACUUCUAUCAGGUAACCGAGAAAGAGCAAAAACAUUGGACACAUUGGACUCGGUGGUCAAAUGAAACCUUGGCCUCUUCAAAUGGCUCAUCUUUUGAGAGAUUAUCCUAUUUACGUAUAAAUAGCUUUAAAAUGGGAAUAUUCUAUUGGCUGUCUAUACUAUGACCAAGAGGCAAUACAGUCUUGGCCUUCUAUGCCCAAAAGGCCAUGCAGUAUAGAUCAGCUAUGACCACGAGUCUGCAGCAGUGGCCCACCUAUGCUUUUAUCCCAUGGGCUUUUGGGUAAGCUGAUGCUCCUUAGGUUACUGAUGCAUAUACACCCCCUAACUACUAACUAGACUUUACAAGCUGCAAGUUGUUGAUAAGAAAUCCUGCAUGGAUACAGGUGGUAUAGCAAUGACUCAUAGUGGAAUUGGCCUUUCCAAAAACAGGAAAAAAAGGGGGGGGGGGGG